AUGAGUGUGGCUGUGGUUAAUAAUAUGUUGUUUAUUGCAAUGGGAGUAGGAGGCUUACACAUAUUUUAAUUGAAUGGAUAAGUGCUAGGUUCAAUAGAUUUUGAGUAUUCAAUCAAUAAUGCAACUGAUCUGAAAGUAUUUCAUCAAUCUGAUGUAUAUUUUAUUUAUUUACUUGAUUAUGAAUUGGGAGUCACAUCCUUCAUAUACAAUCCCAAAUCUACUUUGAUUUAUAGGAAUGAAUAACUAGAUGCAAUACCAUUUUCUGGAGAUAUUAUUGAUAUUUACAAUAAUACAAUGAUGAUUGCUCGUUUCUAGGAUUAAUAAACAAUUAUUUAAGAAAUUUAAUUGAAUUACUCUGACUUUAGUUGGAAGCAAGUAAAUAAACAUGUAAUCAAUUACAUUAUCGUUGAUAUUGAGAUCUUAGAUCAUAUUGCCAUCACUUUGGGUCAAAAUGGAAACACAGUGAUAUUUCACUCAAUUCCAUCAACAUUUCAAAUCAAAUAACAAAGAUUUAUUAUGCCUUCGUUGAUUAAAUUGAAUUUCAUCAAAACUUAAGGGUCAUUGUAUCUGAUUGGUGUUAGUCUACAUAACUUUUACUUUUCCAAGUUGGAGUUGAAAUAGAGUUACUUGUAUUGUUACUUUGAGCAGGAAUAAUAGGUUGAGUUAAGCUAUUCACAUAUUUCGGAAUGCACUAAAAAGGAAACUGGCAUAUGCACUUAUAAUCAGGAAUAUAUAAUACAAUCAAUCAAGCCAAUAAUUACGACAGAGUAAAAGUAUUUAGUUUAUUUAAUUCUAUUCGUUGUUGCAUCAGCCUUUAUUUCAAUUGUGGUUGUACUAAUCAGAGAAUUUAGGAAAUAUCAUAAAUUUGUUGAUGGCUUAGAUUUCAAUGUUCAAAAGUCAAACGAGAUUACUCUUGAAACAUUUGAAAGUCCAAAUAAGAAUUUUAAAUUUAAUUAAACUGGAACACAUUCCUCAUAGUUUUCGAUAAUCAGUAAUAUAUCUAGAUUGCCGCAAGUUUGA